AUGAUGACCAUCUCUUUGAUUUGGGGGCUUGCUGUGGUGUGCGGCAUAUGGGUUAUCUUUGGCAUAAGGAGAAGGAAAGCAGGUGAACCUCCUCUGGAGAACGGGUUGAUCCCGUACCUGGGCUGUGCUCUGAAAUUUGGGUCCAAUCCUCUCGAGUUCCUGAGAGCAAAUCAAAGGAAGCACGGCCAUGUUUUUACCUGCAAACUAAUGGGGAGAUACGUCCACUUUGUCACCAACUCCUCGUCAUACCCCAAGGUGUUAAGUCAUGGAAAAUAUUUUGAUUGGAAAAAAUUCCAUUACACGACUUCUGCGAAGGCAUUUGGACACAGAAGCAUUGACCCAAGUGAUGGAAAUACCACGGAAAACAUAAACAACACUUUUGCCAAAACCCUCCAGGGAGACGCUUUGCACUCACUCUCUGAAGUCAUGAUGCAAAACCUCCAAUUGAUCUUGAGGCCUCCUGGCCUUCCUAAAUCAGAGAGUUCUGUCUGGGUCACCGAAGGGAUGUAUGCCUUCUGCUACCGAGUGAUGUUUGAAGCCGGAUAUCUAACUCUGUUUGGCAGAGAUACUUCAAAGCCAGACGCACAAAAAGCUCUUAUUCUCAACAACCUUGACAACUUCAAGCAAUUUGACCAAGUUUUUCCCGCGCUGGUGGCAGGCCUCCCUAUUCGCUUGUUCAGGAUGGCACAUAAGGCCCGGGAAAAACUGGCUGAGGGCUUGAAGCAUAAGAACCUCUCUAAGAGGGAACAGGUCUCUGAACUGAUCAGUCUGCGCAUGUUUCUCAAUGACACUCUCUCCACCUUUGACGACGCAGAAAAGGCCAAGACGCACCUCGCUAUCCUCUGGGCAUCUCAAGCAAACACCAUUCCUGCAACCUUCUGGAGCCUGUUUCAGAUGAUCAGGAGUCCUGACGCACUGAAAGCAGCCUCUGAAGAAGUGAACGGAGCAUUGCAGAGCGCUGGCCAAAAGCCCAGCUGUGAACGGAAUGCUAUUUAUUUGGAUCAAAUGCAGCUGAACGACCUGCCGGUCCUAGAUAGCAUCAUCAAAGAGGCGCUGAGACUGUCUAGUGCGUCCUUGAAUAUCCGGACUGCUAAGGAGGAUUUCACUCUACACCUAGAAGACGGUUCCUAUAGCAUCCGAAAAGAUGACAUCAUAGCUCUUUACCCACAGCUAAUGCAUUUGGAUCCUGAAAUCUAUCCAGAUCCUCUGACUUUUAAAUAUGACCGAUACCUUGACGAGAACGGGAAGGCAAAGACCUCCUUCUACAGCAAUGGGAACAAACUGAAGUGUUUCUACAUGCCAUUUGGAUCUGGAGCUACAAUAUGCCCUGGAAGACUAUUUGCUGUCCAAGAGAUCAAGCAAUUUUUGAUUCUGAUGCUUUCAUGCUUUGAACUGGAACUUGUAGAGAGUCCUGUCCAGUGUCCCCCUCUCGAUCAGUCCAGGGCAGGCUUGGGAAUUCUGCCACCAUUACAUGAUAUUGAGUUUAAAUACAAACUGAAACAUUUGUGACCUGUGGUUGGAAGAAGAGGACCCUGGAUGAUGUUACUGGACUGUAGAGAGUCUCACUAAACAAGCCCUUGGGACAAAUACUCACCGAUGCUUCCCAGGGACUGACUGUAUCUGUGAAAAGAACUGGUACUCAGGGUACCAUUCUCUGUUCUUGCUGCCUGGUUUCUGAGUGCUCAGAUAGCUGAGGCCUGAGUUUCAUCACUCUCAGAAGCAAUGUCUUUUGUUUUUAUUUUCAAAAUGAAGAUAUUACAAUUAGCAGGAUUUUUCCUAAGGAAAUUGCAUAUUUAAUAAUUUCAUAAAAUAUAUUUUUAUGAAAACUAUUGAUUAAUUAUGAAAAGGCUUCAAAUUCACGUUUUAGUGAAAUUGUUAUUUUUCACGAGUAGGUUCUUCAGGUGUGAGCACAUAUUAUAAAAAGGUUUUAAGGGAUCACAGCAUACUUUGCUUAAAGAAAAAAAAAGAUUAUCUAGCCUUUUCUUUUUUUUUUAAAUUUAUUUAUUUAUUAAGGAUUUCUGCCUCGUCCCCGCAACCGCUUCCCAUUUCCCUCCCCCUCCCCCGAUCAA